CUCUAAAUAAAAGUGCAAUGGCAGAAAAGUGAUAAGUAUUUUUGUUGUGGAGAAAUAAACCUAUUUUAUAAGAAAAACCAUUUAUGUAAAAAAAAGUAAAGCAACUAUUUUAUAAAGUUCACACUUGUAUUUUUUCACAUACAGAACAAUUUAUAAGGAAAAUACAAUAAAUAUGUCAUCAGGCCGGCCCAUUAAAUGUGUAGUAGUCGGAGAUGGAACCGUUGGAAAAACCUGCAUGCUCAUAUCUUAUACAACAGACAGUUUUCCAGGAGAAUAUGUACCCACUGUGUUUGACAAUUAUUCCGCCCCAAUGGUAGUAGAUGGAAUUUCAGUUAGCUUAGGACUUUGGGACACAGCGGGACAAGAAGACUAUGAUAGAUUACGCCCUUUAUCUUAUCCCCAAACAGAUGUCUUUUUGAUAUGUUUUAGUGUAGCCUCUCCUUCAUCAUUUGAAAAUGUUACCUCUAAGUGGUACCCAGAAAUUAAACAUCACUGUCCAGAUGCACCUAUGAUAUUAGUUGGUACGAAAAUAGAUUUAAGAGACGAUAGGGAAACCCUAAACUCCCUUGCAGAUCAGGGUCUGAGUCCCAUAAAACGAGAACAAGGUCAAAAGUUGGCGAAUAAAGUCAGAGCUGUCAAAUAUAUGGAAUGUUCAGCUUUAACUCAAAGGGGUCUCAAACAAGUCUUCGAUGAAGCUGUAAGAGCAGUGCUACGACCUGAACCACAAAAAAGGCGCCAACGCAAAUGUUUGGUUAUGUAACCUUUGACUUUUAUUCAAUAUUUUGUUCUAAUGUUGCAAAACUAAUUUUUUUGGUUAUUUUAAUACUCAGGCAACAUCUGUUUUAAACACAAAUUAAGUUUUUAGAAGGUUUAAUGAUUCAGUUUCUAAAGAAACCAAUUACAAGUGAUCAAAAGAAUCUCAUUUUUUAGUUACGUCUUCAUUUUUAUAACAUUAAAUGAUACAGUUCUUCCUGCUACCUACUCCUUCGUGGAGAUAAUGAUAUAUUAAUAUAUUGUGUACUUUCCGUAUUCUCUACAGAGAUUAACUUUCAAUAAUGCCGAAUUUUAAGACUUAACAGGGUAAAUUCAUAAUAAACAAAUUCAUUGUCCUUCUGUUUUUCGUCUACAGAAAAAGUGUUGAAUAUAGUUUUUAUUUCGUUUUAAAUUUAGCAGUCUCAAUAAACUAUUAAUUUUAUGUAGAUGUUGCUUGGAAUCUUUAAACAAUUUUUGACUUUCUACACAAAGAUAAUAUUUGCCAAAUAAAGUUGCCAAAUUCUUGGAGUAUAAUGUAACUGAGAAGUCUUUUACUUGAUGGAAAUCCAUUAUAUAAAGUAAGUGAAUUUAAAUCGUAUUUCUGAUUUGAAUUGUCGUUAGUCCUCAGUAGACAUUAUUACACGAAAAAAAAAAUGCAAAGCAAAAAUAUUUAUUAAAGGGCUCCCAAUAUCUAAUACAAUUUGCCUGUGUUUUAUAUUAUUUUAUAAUAUCAACCAGUGGCAUUGCGCGCUAGCUUUCUUUCACUUUAUUUCUGAUAUAUCGCGUUUUCAACUUGAUAUAAAAAAUAUGCACCUAGGUACAUUAUGAACGAAAUUUUGUUUAAAAAAUGAAUUACUAUUAAUUAUCAUUUUAUUAUCAAUGUAUUCUCUUAUUCUUAAAUUUAUAUAAAAAUGUGGUUUUAUUUAACUAAUAUUGAACGUAGUGAUGCUGUAGUGGGAUCUCAUACUAUGAGAGUGAUCUUAAUUUUCAUUGAAGGUUCUGUAUAUCAAGUAAUGAAACGAUAGCUCAGUUAGCGUACAAAACGAAAAAUGUAAUAUUUUCUUUGUGUAGCAUUGUCAAAUUGUAACUAUAAUUUUUGUUCAAUUUAAAAAUCUCCUAUAUUUUCAUGUAGUAAAUCAUUGCUGCAAUUAACAGCCCUGUUGCUUUCAAGAAUCAACUCAACUUAUGACAACUUUUACAAAUUACAAAUAUUUUUAAGUAAUUUUUAUAUCUACAGUAAUCGAUUUCUAUGUUUAAAUCAUAGUUUCCUACAACGAAACCCAAUAGACACUAGAUGGUUAUAAAAGUAUACUACCAGAUUUUUAAAUAAUAACAGUCCAAAUACCAUUAAAUAAGUGUAGAAGUGAAAGAGAGUUUUUGGUAAAGAUUGAAAAUAGGUGGUCGAGGUUCCUGCUGUCGAAUGUAUUGAUGUUUUGACCUCUUUCAGCUUUAAUGCAAUGGCAACAAGAAAGGCUUUAUUGAAAACCGACACAUCAUGUCACAUGUAGGAUCUGCGUGAGACUAAUGGAUAUUGAUGUGUACUGUUUUAUAAUUAAACCCAUGUACAGUCCCUGGCCAUGUUAUUAUGACCACCUAUGAAUUUUUAUAAAAAUCAUACAUUCCACUAAGUACAUGUUGUUUAAAAAUUGUUUUUAAAUUUAAUUUUGUUAUGUAAUGUUAAUGUUAAACAUUAACUAUAAUAUAUUUAACCUUUAACUACCCGCGCAUCAAGUUAUAACAUAACUACACGCGUGGCGUACUUUGUACGCCACAAGAAAAUACACUUAAAAACAGCGGAUUUCUUUAAUUUUUUUUUGAAAAAAUACACUUAGUUGUUUGUUAUAAACCUUAUUCGGCAUCAGUGAAUACUUGGAGUUCCUUUUCAGUAAGCCAAUUGGGAUUUAUAACUGGAAUCAUGGAAUAACUGGAUUCCAUGAUAAAUAAAAUUACUAAUAAAAAUUUUUUUUAAAUGUGAUUUUUUACAGGAGAAAAAGUAUUGUUUACAAAGAAAAAUAUAUUUUUUGCCGUAAUGACUAAAAAACAAUUAAAAUAUGUACUUAUAUUACGACUUAUAGUAAUAUAAUCCUGGGGUAUAUUGUCCACCACCGGAAACAACAAAUAAUAAAAUGUAAAUUACGAUCUUUCCAGAACGCCGAUUAUAACGAAACUAAAACCAAAUUGUAAAGCACAUGCCAGUGAUAGGUUAGAAAAAUAAGCAAGGUCAAAAAUUAAAUUUUUAAAUAUAUUUCCAGUAGAAUUCUUAUAUCUGGCGUACAAAGUACGCCAGCGCGUGUAGUUAAAGGUUAAUAAUAAACAGAAACAAAAUAUUUGAAAAUAUUACAGAUUUAUAUAUAUUUUUUUAAUAUUUUGUUGAAUUCCUGACCUUAAUCACUAGAAAAUAUUUGCGAGUUUUUAAAACAAGAAAUUUCUAGUGAAUAGGUCAAACACAAAAUUGUUUUGAUUCAAGAACUAAUAUAUCAUUUUAACCACAAUGAUAAAUUGAAGCAAAGUUUAUUUAACUGCAUUUAAAGUAUGCCAAGACGGGUACUAGCGAUAAUCAAAGUUAAAGGGGGUUCAACAAAAUAUUAAAAAAAUAUAAAUAUGGUAUAUUUUUAAAUGUUUUAUUGCUAUAUAUUAUAUAUUUAAUAAUAAACAGCAAUAAAACAUUUGAAAAUAUCACAUAUUUAUGUUUUUUUAAUAUUUUUUUGAACUCCCUUUAACUUUGAUUACUGCUAGUAUCCGUCUUGGCAUACUUUGAAUGCAGUUCCAAUGAUAUAUUAGUUCUUCAAUCAAAACAAGUUUUUUGGUGACCUUUUCACUGGAAAUUUCUCGUUUUAAAAGCUCCCAAAUAUUUUCUAUGGGGUUAAGGCCAGGAAUUCAACAAAAUAUUAAAAAAAAUAUAAAUAUGUAAUAUUUUCAAAUAUUUUAUUGCUGUUUAUUAUUAAAUAUAUUGUAGUUAAUGUAUAACAUUAACAUUACAUAACAAAAUUAAAUUUAAAAAUAAUUUUUAAACAAAAUGUACUUAGUGGAAUAGUUGAUUUUUAUAAAAAUUCAUAGGUGGUCAUAAUAGUAUGGCCAGGGACUGUAUAUUAUUUCCUUAAAAUAAAAAUACAGCGUACUUUUCUCUUGAAAGCUUUCUAUGAAGCUGACGGCACAUUCUUUUUUUUUAGAUCAACCGAGACUCAUUAGUCCCUAGCACUUGGUUGUAAGGUUUGGGUACUAUUCUCAGCACAUUUAUCGCUUCUUGUUCUUAGUCUGUUCAGCGUUUUUUGCGGGGCAGAUCAAAUUCUGACGGCUUCUGAUUGAUACAGGCCACUUGGUGUAUUUCCUGUGGGUCGCUUUUUCAUUAUAUUCUCCAGGCGUUGCUGAGGCUGGUAGCCUUUAACAAUGGAAGAUAUCUGGAGCGUAGUCUGUUCAUUUCGACAUCAAGAUUAUCAUGGUGGAUGGGUAGUUGAUGGUUAGUCUGGAUUUUUCUAGAUUCUCUACAGGAGAAUGACUUCUUGUAGUUUCGGUGGUGGGAUGUGACUCAGAAUGUGAAGCUAAUAUGUAGUUCGGUGUUGGUCUAAUUGUACCUGAGAUAAUUCGCAUUGGCUGCUUUAAUUGGGUGUCAACAAUCUUAGUCUGAUUGCUAUUGAGCCAUAUGGGGAAUGCAUAUUCAGCUGCCGAGUAUAUCAGUCCGAGACAGCAGGAUUUGAGUACAGAGGUUGAGGAACCCCAUGUGGUGCCACAUAGCUUUUGGAUGUUGAUUUUGGUUUUUGAUAGGAGUUCUUUAAAACCUAAAGUUCUGUCAAGAGUUACUCUAAGAUAUUUUGGUUCUGAGUUAUGAGUCUCUAGUCUGUUUUCAAAGUGAACUGAAAUUUUUUUAUAUAGGAGUAUCUACGAUAUAGGCGUAUUUUAUUUGUUUAUCGAAUAUUUUAAUAUGGCACACUGUGUCAAAAACGAUUUUUGUUGAAAUUAAAUUUUCUUUUGAAUCUUAUUGACUGCCCUAUAAACUUGCUCAAAUGUACCAUGUUGUAACGAAACCGAUUUAUAUGUGUGCUUUCUGUUAUUAAUAACUUUAACUUAUGGACAAAUAUUUGCUCGGAUGCCUUAGAAAUAUAAUUAAAUCCUUAGAAAACGACACAAGUCUAUUAAAACUUUCGUUCUGUUACAUUAGGAAGGAGCAUAAGUCCAGGAUUUGUGCCAUUUUCAAACAGAUUUCAAUUUUUAUUUGCCUUUUAUGUUGACUUGUGGUAUAUGAAGAUAUUUUACUAUAUUUUCGCAGAAAACAUAAACGCUUCAAGAAUAAAAAUGGUACCAAAAACUGAUAUUUGAAAAAAGUGGGACUUUGUGCUUUUCGAAAUGACGGGUUCAAUUGGCUUAUUGGACGAUAAAUGCUUGGGAUACUUUUAUAACUGCUCUGGGUCUAUACAAAAAACGUAGUUUCACGUAUUGGUUGUGAAACAAAAAAAAAUGAACAAAAAAUCAAGUUAUAUUUUCUAAAAUACUCAAAAACGAAUCUCUCCGUGAUACUGUUUGGCUUUCUUUUAUUUAUCAGUAUUGUUUGCAAGGUAGCUAUUUCACUUUUUUAUAUGAAAAAAAUAGAAACUAGUAAAUAAUAAAGAAUGUACUGAAUUUACACCAAUGAAGAUAAAAUGUUAUGUGUACGAUUUUAUUUAUUGAUUUAAUGUUUUUUUAUUUUAAUAUUUUAUUAUAUUUUAUAUUAGCUGUAAUAAUUUAAACUACUAUAAGUGCAUUUUGUGAGUCGUAAGGCUGAUUUUUAAAUACAGUAUGAAAAUGUUAUGAAUUUUAUUAAAGCAUUUCAAAGAUCAUGAAUAUUUUAAGAAUAGUAGUUUAAAUUUACGAUAUACAUUUAGUUGCACAAAGAAUUUUUUAAAUCAACAUAGAAUGAUUCAGUUUACUGCAAUUUGAUUGUAUGUUUAUACGUUGUCCAAUCUUGAUAUCAAAAAUUAUAAUGAAUGUUUGAUAUCAAUAAUAUUUUCCCUGUUUUUUCACAUUGUAUUGUUACUUUCUUUAGUAUCCUCGGUAUAUGUUGGUCCAGUUUUACAAAUUCUACUUUUCAAGUAUUCCCAAUAAAAAGAAUCUUUAGAAUUGAAAUCGGAUAAACCAGGAUCCCAUUCAUUACGAUUCCAUCAUCCGGGAAAUGUCUGAUCUAAAUAACGCCGAACAUUUGCACCAAAAUGAGUUGGUGCUGUGUCUUGCUGAAACCACAUCUUAUUAAAAUUGGCUUCAAACUUGAUUUUCAGGGCAGGUACAAUUUCAUUUCUAAGUAGUAUUUUAUAAUUAUCGUUUGUUAAAUUUCCUUCCAUAAAAAACGGCUUAAUUAACUGAGUACCUACUAUACCCGGUCAUACAUUUAGUUUUCUGAUCUUUGAGCAUGGUUUUCACGUAUCCAUUGUGGAUUUACAUCACUACAAUACCUUAAAUUUUGGCAAUUUACAUUCCCACUUCUUUUGCCCUUUAAUUCAUCCAAUUUUGAACAUAGGCUUCCCCCAGUUUCCUCCAUUCGCUUCUGUUUAGUGCUUUCUGUUUCCAGUGCGUUCCUCCUAUCUUUUUAAUGUCGUCUCCCCAUCUCAUCUGGGGUCGUCCUCUUGUUCUCUUUCCUGUCCGUGGUCUCCAUUGUUGUAUCGUGGUAUUCCACCUAUUGUCCAUUUGUCUGGCGUUAUGACCUGUGAAGCUCCAUCUUAGCCUGGCUAUAUGUUGUCCUGCGUCUUUGACUUUCUUACCCAGUUUUGUUUCUUACCCAGUUGUUUUGCUUUUUGUUGUCGGUUAAUUUUACUCCUAACAUUGCUCUCUCCAUGGCUCUUUGUGUCUUUAUUAUUUUAUCCAUGUAUGUUUUGGUCAAUGUCCAUGUUAUGUUUGGCAUGCGUAUGUGAGAAUUGGGUGUAUGCACUGGUCAAACACUCUUGUUUGUAAGUAUUUCCACACAUUGUAAAUAUUGCUUUGAAGGAAAAACCUAACUUGUUAAAGAAGUUCUCGUCAGUUACAACUCUAUUCAUCAUUACCUCACUAAACUGUAAUCUACGGUAGUAGUCAUCUUCACUUAAUUCUUGCAACAACUGGGUUUUGUAGUGUUUAAAUUAAUUCUUGUAUAAUGCAAGACAGAAUAAUGACCUACAUCAGGUAUGUGUGCAGCUCUGCGUGAGGAUGUAAUGCAAAACUAUGCAUUAAAUCUAAAGUUGUAUUGUAAUUUAUACAGUUAUUGGUCUACUUGUUCAAAUGUCAUCUUUUACUCGUCCAGUUUCCCCAAGAGAGCUUUACAAUUUUUUAUAACGUCGCCUUAUGGAUAGGAGGAAUGGUUUGGAAAAGUAUAGUUGAACAAGGUGGCUACUUCACUAUAUCUUUUUCUGUCGCCAUAGCUCCUAGUCAUUAAAACAGUAACUCGCUAUGUUUCAUAAAAAAAACAUCUUUAGUGUAGAGCUUUUAAAAACACAUCAACUUUAGUUAUUAAUAUCAUUUAUGACGAACAAUAAAAGAGCAGAAAACAUCUAUGGCAUACGUGUAAACUAACUGAACGAAUAAAGCAAAAUGCUAAAAUGGACGUCCCAUAUUUUUUGUGCAAUUUUAUGUAAGUUUGUUAAGUUACUCUAACCAAGAAACUACUCGUUUCAUCACAAAACGAAAAAUUAUAUAUUCAUGUUUAGUUUAUAAGCCAUAACGAUUUUUAGUAUUUUCAUUAUAUCGCACCCUCAGUGCAAGACUGCAGUAACUCAAAAUUUUAUGAAAAUGAAGUAAUCAUGGAAUUCGAUUGUAAACAUGCAUAUCUAUCCCCUGUAAAACUUUAGUAACUUUCAAAUGCUUAAUGGGCUAAAUAUUACAACAACAACAGUUUAACUAUUUUGCGUUUUUGAACAUAAGUUCCGUGCAAAACUGUUGUAACUCUAAUGUAACAGAGUUAUAACAGUUUUGCACGGAACAUUGCAACGGAUUCGAUAACAAGCAAUGAAAAAAGUAAGAUAUUUGUUAUUUUAAUAUCUAUAUCUGUGGUGUUUAAUUUUAAUAUACAGAGCGUCUACGUAAUCCAUUAACGGGUGAGACAAUAAACAAAGAUUUUCGAGACCAAUCUAUUCAUGUAAAUUUUAUGUCCUUUGUGUAAUACAGUAAAACCUGUCAAUAACGGUCACUAAAAAUGACAGAACUAUUGGCCGAUAUAAAAAAGUGGCCGCUAAUACCAGGUUUUGUAGUCCAAAAAUUUUGGUUUGGGGAACUUUGAAGCUGGCCGGCUAGUUCAGGUGGCCGUUAACACAGGUUUUACUGUAUUAUAUUUAUUUUCCAUAAGAUUUUAAAAGGAAAAACAGUUAUCUUAAAACUUGUGUAUUGACAAUACUGAGGGGUCAAAAAUAUCUAUUCUCAGAAAACUUGCCAAAGAACAGCCAAAAAUUCAAAUGGCAAAAAAAAGAUUUGGUAUACUUAUGCCAUUCGGGUAUGAUACCAGAAGCCCACCAUAGUUUUUAUAAAAAUAUUUUGGCACAAGAUGAUGUACGAGAAGAGGACAACAACUACGGUAAAACCUGUCAGCAACGGCCACUAAAAAUGAAAGAACUAUUGGCCGAUAUAGAAAUGUGGCCGGUAAUGCCAAUUUUUGUAGUCUAGAUAUACAGUAAAACCUGUCAAUAACGGUCACUAAAAAUGACAGGACUAUUGGCCGAUAUAAAAAAGGAGGCCGCUAAUACCAGGUUUUGUAGUCCAAAAAUUUUGGUUUGGUUUUGACAGGUGGCCGUUAACACAGGUUUUACUGUACAUAAUUGGUUUGGGUAAUUUAUAAACUGGCCGUUAGUACAGGUGACCGUUGUUGGCAGGUGGCCGGUAACACAGGUUUUACUGUAAAAGUAAAUGUGUCUACGCUUUUUACAAUUUUCUCCGUGCAAAACUGUUGUAACUUUGAAAUUCUAAUACUAAAUGUGUAGUGAUUAACAAUUUUUUCCAUGCAAAAGUGUUGUAACUUUGAAAUUCCUAAUUUUUUUGCGUUAAUAUUAUUUUAUUUAAAUUUCUAUUUUUGGUUAAUGUAAUAUAGGCUGAAAAGCAUGCAAAAUCAUAAUUAAAUGUUAAUUUUUCUUAA